AUGGCAUACCACGCAGCCAUCACCCUCUUGCUGGGCACUGCUCUUGCACAAAAGUAUGGAAACAACCAUGUCGCCAUCAGACGUGAUCCUCCGCAAGUGGAGGCCAGUUUCCCAUCCCUCAAUGUCACUCUUCUAUCGCCAGCAUUCGCUUGGGCAGAUUCAAUACCAGCCGGCUUCACGAAUGGAACUGCACCACCCACCAGCGAUGCCACUUUAGAGUACUUCAUCCACAGCCUCGCGGAAAAGAACGACUGGAUGUCUUUCGUACCAGCUGAGUACUCAUCGGAGGAGGGGAGAUCCUUCUCCUAUGCUUACUUGUCCAAAGCGAGCGGAAACAUGACCAACAAUGGAUCAGGUUCAAAGGUCCGCAUCUGGCUCCAGGCUGCAGCACACGGCAAUGAGCCUGCUGGCGACCAGGCUAUUCUGGCACUUCUGGGAAAGAUGGAUGCUAAUCAGACUUGGGCAUCUUCCGUCCUCGACAAGGCGGAUAUCAUGAUCUUACCAAGAUAUAAUCCCGACGGAACUGCAUACUUCCAGCGAACUCUUGCCACAAACUACGACCCCAAUCGCGACCAUAUCAAGCUUGCAAGACAGCAAACUCGGAACAUCAAAAAGACGAUGACAACGUUUGCUCCUCAUGUUGUUGCUGAUAUGCACGAAUAUGGWGCUUCGUCUCGGUACGGAGGACUGUAUCUUCCAGGUGCUGAUGUUAUGUAUUCUGCCGCGAAGAAUCUGAACAUCAAUCAAGACAUUCGAACGUUAUCGGAGGAGCUUUUUGCGCCCGCGAUAGGAGCGGACUUGGUCGCCAAAGGACUUCGUUGGGAACCCUACGUGACAGGAUCCAGCAGCAGGGAUCCCAACUCGACCAUCACAUACUACGAAGCUGGCAGUGAUGCCAAGAUUGGCCGCAACGGAAUGGGCCUCACUCAGUCUGUAACCUUCCUCUUUGAAAUGCGUGGCAUCGGAAUCGCGGAUCAGGAGUUCCAUCGUCGUACCGUUGCUGGACUGAGUUUGCUUGAAAGCAUCGUCCAGGUAGCUGUCGACAAUGCGGAGCAGGUUCUCGAAACCAUUGAAGGUGGAAUUGAGAGCUUCAUCUCCAGCAAUGACCCAAUUGUCAUCACCGAUGGUACCGAGAAGUCAAUGAGGAACUGGACAUUCGUUGAAUACGAGACUGGUGAUGUGGUACAGGUUCCUGUAGAGUUCUACUCCACCACUCCAGUGACCGCCAACCUCACUCGGUCUAGACCUGAAGCCUAUAUCAUCCCGCGUGCGUGGGCUGAUUUGGUGACUCGUCUCGAAGMUUCCGGGCUUGAAGUUGAGCGAGUUCCCUACACGUACCGCGGACAAGUGGAGGCUCUCACGAUUGAGUCUGCUUUGCUAGGAGACUCGUACUACGAGGGCGCGAUCCUGUCUACGGUAACCACCAACUCCACAAGUAUUGAUGUUGAGCUUCCGCCUGGUAGCUACCGAGUCAGCACACGUCAGAAGAAUGCCGCGUUGGCGAUUGUGGCACUUGAACCUGAGAACAUCGACUCGUACGUGAGCUUCAACAUUAUUCCUAUGGAAGUAGGCGAUGAGUACCCAAUCUACCGAGAAAUGGCCUAA